AUGUCUUUGUGUUCAUUUCUAAAGGGGAAAAGUCCAAAGCACCAUUAUUCCCCUUUCAGAAAGGAAUCUUUCGGAAGGUCCUUUCAUCAGCCAUACCAAGACUAUGAGACCUUGUUGGAAACAUGCCUGAGGAACAAUUGCCUCUUUGAGGAUCCCAACUUUCCAGCUGACAUGAAUUCCAUUGGCAGAGGGUCCCUGCUGCAGAAGCUGCCCCCAACCCUGCACUGGAAGAGACCUAUUGAGCUGCAUGAAAACCCUGUCUUCUAUUCAAACAAAGCAGGAAGGUUGGGCCUCUGCCAAGGAGUAGUAGGAAACUGCUGGUUCUUGGCUGCACUGGAAGCUCUUACAUUCCAUGGGGACAUUCUAAACCGGGUCGUACCUCUGAACCAGAGUUUCACCAAGAGGUAUGCUGGCAUCUUCCUCUUUCAGUUCUGGCAUUUUGGUGAAUGGAUUCCUGUCGUUAUUGAUGACCGUUUACCUGUAAAUGAGGCUGGUCACCUGGUCUUUGUCUCUUCUACCUGCAAAAACUUGUUCUGGGCAGCUCUACUGGAGAAGGCCUAUGCCAAGCUCUCAGGUUCCUAUGAAGACCUGCAGACUGGGCAUGUUUCAGAAGCUUUUGUGGACUUCACAGGAGGCGUGACAGCUACAAUUCAACUAGCAAAGGCCCCUUCAGACCUCUGGGACAUCCUCACCAGAGUUGCUUCCAAGAAAUCCCUCAUUGGCUGUCAGACUCACUCAGGAGAAAGGAUUCUGAAUAAUGGACUGGUGGAUGGUCAUGCAUAUACUCUCACUGGAAUCAGGAAGGUGACUUGUCAUAAUAGACCUGAAUACCUCGUAAGGCUGAGAAAUCCUUGGGGAAAGGUUGAAUGGAAAGGAGACUGGAGUGACAGGUCAAAAAAAUGGGACCUCCUUAAUCCAAAGGAGAAGAUUCUGCUUCUGCGAAAAGAUGAGGAUGGAGAGUUCUGGAUGUCCUUCCAUGACUUUAAAUUUCAUUUUGUGUCUCUGGUCAUCUGUCAGCUGACACCAGACCUGAUGAGUCACGAAGUGGGAAAGAAGUGGAUGUGCUCUCUGAGUACUGGGAGAUGGGUGAAGGGCAGUACAGCCGGUGGCCGGCUAAGGCAUCACACAGAAACAUUUUGGAUGAACCCACAAUUUCAACUUACUGUCCUAAGUGCUGAUGAAAGCAAGAAGACCUCAACAUCUUGCAGUAUCUUAGUUUCACUUAUGCAAAAGUCGAAGAGCCUUCACCGUAACCAAAUGAAGCAUCUCCCCAUUGGCAUCUUUCUUUUCAGGGUAAAUGAAUACCAAGAUAUAGGCAACCAUCGGCUACCCCAGGAGUUCUUCCAGCGAACCACGCCAUUGUUCAUUCCCAGAGACUUUCAGACAGAACGGGAAGUGAGCUAUGAGUUUUCCCUGGAGCCAGAUACUUACCUCAUUGUUCCCUGUACCUCUGAGCCUUGGCAGGAAUCUGAAUUCAUCCUAAGAGUCUUUUCCAGGAAGCAUGCCUUAUAUGAAAUGGGCAGUAAUUUCAGCUUUAUUCUCCCUAAGGAGAUAGUUGACAAAUAUGAAGGAGAGGAGGAAUUCUUCACCAAAUUAUUUGAAAAAUGCCCAGAAAUAAAUGCAAUUCAAUUGCAGAAGAUUCUGAAUAACAUGACCUGGAUGUACCUGUCCAAUCCGCAGCCCACCUUCAGUAUGGAUGCUUGCCUAGGGAUUCUGGCGCUGCUUGAUCUUAAUGCCACAGGGACUGUGGGUAUUCAGGAAUUCAGGUACCUGUGGAAGCGACUGUUGAUCUAUCAGGAAGUUUUCCACAAACAAGACAAACACUACUCAGGAUUCCUGGAAUCAGGGCAACUGCGGGCUGCUGCUCAGGAAGCUGGAAUUUUACUCAGUGAUGAGGUAUGCAAUCUGAUGGCUAUUCGAUAUGGCAACUCCAACAGGAAGAUUGGCUUUGAGAACUUUGUCUACUUCAUGCUCCGAGCUGAGAAUGUGGAAGGUGCCUUUCAAAAUGUGACCCAGGAUAACAAAGGAAUAUAUCUUCUGAAGUCAGAGGACCCAGGGAGAGGCACGGAUCUCACUUCUAGGGCGCCUCCAAAGUUGGCCCCUGAGCUCCGGGAUUCUGGCGCGUGCUGGAAGUGCCUCGGGGCACCGCCAGGGGCGCUUCUCCGGGCAAGCCGAAGCCAUCUCCGGGAGCGUCUCUCCCUUCUGACCCGAGUGGGUUUUUUCAACGGGCGGAUGCAGCAGGGGCUGGUGGGCGCUAGGGGGUGCUCCACGCCCCCACCCUACCCCCAACGCGCCCAACAAAUAAGACUUAACUGGGAAGGACUCUCCUCUGGCCGGGCUGGGGGUGGUGGUGAUGGUGGUAGUGACAAUUAA